AUGCCGCCGAGUGCGUACUGGGGCAAGCGCCCACGCGAGGGCGACAGCGACGAAGCCUUUGUGCGUUUUAGUGAACUCUCUCCCGCGCGAAAGCUGGAACGACGGCGCGAAGAGCGCGUGGAAAAGAAGGAGCGGGACCGCACGCUGGCGUACUUCAGGUCUGUUCAACGUGCGCUGGAGGACCAGGUCACCGGCGGCGGUGAUCCCAGCACCCUCGCCUCCAUCGUGGACGGAUUCUUCUCGGAGCUGCUGAAGCUGCUCAAGGCGGACUCGACCUUCUACAUCCUCCGGAAUGGCACGGCGUGCCGUGUCGUGGAGUUGGCUCUGGCAAACGCGCUGCUGCUGCACGUGAAGUCCCUUCUUUACGUCUUUCUCGGUCACAUUUGUGAGCUGCUCAUCUCCCCUGUCGCGAGCUACACGUUGGAGACGCUGCUGGCAAGCCUGUCGCAGGGUCUCAGCGCACUCGCAGACACAAACCGGGAAGGCCUGGAGGCUGAACUCACUGAGGGCGGCGUCGGCAUGCACACCGGCAGUGGUGUGCCGAGUUCUGCCACGCUGCUGAGCUCCAUGGCAGAGGAAAUGUGCGAGCAUGCCGAAGAUCUUAUCGUUCACGACAUCGGCGGCCGUGCCUUGCGCUCGGUGGUUCUCAUGCUUGGUGGGCGCCCGAUCAGGCAGGCGCCGCUACCCAACCGCCCGGUGGCCUUCCCACGCAUAGUUGGUACGCUAGCAGAGGCCGUUACCAAAGCCCUGGAGGAGGGCUACGGCCGCGAGUACCAGACAGCGAGUCCGGCAGAGGCGUGGAUGGCAGCCGCGCAGGUGCCGGCAACGAGUCUUGUCAUGCAGAGCCUCCUGCGAGUGAGUGACGAGGGCACCGUUGUGGAGCGCUGCGUACGCCAACGGAUUGAGCAGCUCUCCUACAAGGGAAAGCCUCUCUUACACCACCUCCUCGUAGACAAACUUGGCUGCCACCUCUUCCAGAGCUAUCUGCAGGUGCCGCCGCCGACCGCGGUCGUGGUCGAGGGCGAUGCCGCUGCCGUGCACGCGAGUGCGUCAACAGUGGACAGUGACAGCAGCUCCGAGGCGACGUCAGCACCGGGUGGAGAUGCGUCCUGCUGCUGGUCACGUGCAGCCGGAUCGAUCACUGUCGAGGUAAACAACCUCCUGAAACCCGGCAGUGACCUUGUCGCACAGACAGGCUACGUUCUGCAAGACCUUGUCCUGUACGCGCCGACUGCGACCCACCUCCAGUGGCUUUGGAGGCGCGUUCUGGAGCCGCGACUGGCGCUUUUGUUUGACGUUCCAGCGCUGACACCGGUGCUCGUGCAGUUGGUGAAACGAUGUGCGUUCGAGGGCGUCUUGCUGACGCCUCCCGCGCCCUCAGGACUGGCGGUGGCAACGGCCCAAGCCGGCGAUGCAGCAGCCUCUGCGACUGAGGAAGUGAGUCAUCAUGGCACAACGCUGCCUGCCGAUGUUCUCACGAUGCUGCGUAAUGAGGUCGCCCAGCAUGUGCGCUACUCACCAGUGCCCAUCACCUUCCAGGGGGAGGUGUGCGCGUCGGUGUGCACUCUGGCAAAGCAGCGGGUUGUGAAGGGGGCAGCGCAGUAUUUUCUAGUAGACGCGGCGCUAGGCAACAAAGGAUAUGAAGUGGCGCGCUUUCUCCUCCACCUGCACCCGACGGCAUCGACGGUGCUGCAGUACUCACUGGACAAGCUGCAGCGCGACGACCUACUUGCCGUGGUGUGCCACCAGAAGGGCAGUCUCUUCAUGCAGCAGUACAUCAAGGUGACCGCCCUCGCCGUGUCCAAGUCGACGGCGACCCGCACAGGAAGCGAGAAGGCCGAUCCCACCAGCGGUGGAGCGGAUGCCGCUGCUGCGGAGUUAAAGAGGCCGCUGAUGCGCCUCUUCCGCCGCUUGCAGUCGUCCCUCGGCACGCUGAUCUACGACAAGUACGCCGCUUUCGUGGUGGAAGGACUGUAUGAGGCAGCCGCCAUGCCGGUGAAGGAGGCGCUGGUGAAGUCGCUGGUGCCGCUCUAUCAGGCUAUGCACACACAGCACAGUGGCACAACUCCUGCACCGUCUGCGGGCGCGGAGGCGGUGCCGUCAACCGCAUCCGCAACAGCGGAUGACGAAGCUGGCGAGAAUGUCAAGCACGCAACCCCGAGCCCGAUCCAGCAGCGCUUCAUCGCGUACAAGGUCAUGUCGAAGUGCUUUGUGGAGCAGUAUGUGCAUCGCAGGGACGACUGGACCAAGCUGGCGAAGCGGCAAUGCCAUGUGCAGCGCCUCCUGUGUCGUAUGCUGCUGAGCGAGUAG